AUGGAACUUCAGUUCCACUUUAAAGAUAAGUGUACCUCCAAAAACCAUAUUUGGAUUGCUUGUAAUCUUGACAAUUUGACGGAACACUUCCUGAUAGCACUAGAGCUCGCCUUCAGAAAACAAAGGAUUGGGUCCCUCCUCAGUUUCAGGGAGCAGAGCCUGUGCUGUGGAGGGAUUUCUUCUUUAACCACUGUGGUGCAGAACCUCAUCUUCAGAUACUUGCAAAACAGAUUCCAGGUUCAGGUGUGGCUCUAUGAGCAAGUGAAUAUGCGAAUAGAGGGCUGUAUUAUUGGUUUCUAUGACGACGUGAACUUUGCAUUAGAUGAUGCAGAAGAGAUCCAUUCUAAAACAAAGUCAAGAAAACAGCUGGGUUUUAUCAUGCUACAAGGAGAUAAUAUUACUCUGCUACAAAGUGUCUCCAAUUAG